AUGCAGCCCACAUCUUUUAUCAUCCUUGCUCUUUCUUCCGUGUCUGCAGUCAUGGCUGGCUGCAGCGCCGGAGCUCCUUUCCAGGGAUCUUGCCUUACAUGCACCUCCGAGUGUCACAGCAACUAUGGCGGACCUGACCGCAAAUCCGCCCUCCAGCGAACUGGAUGCAUGACAGCUUGCUUGAUUCAAUGCGAUGACUGCAACUAA